GCCAGGACGUCAACCGUCACUUUGUUUCUACACUCCCAUCGCACCCUCGACAACACGCCGGGACGCACCACUGCCUGUCUUUUCCGCGCCGUCGACACGACACGAGGCAGCCUGCCCAGACUAGAGGAUUGGUCACGGUCGCCGCCCAUCAACCAUCUUCAAGCCCCGUGCACCCCGAACGAGAAACUUGGGGGAAGCUGGCGUCAAGGUGGCAGUGGAGCUGCCAGAGUACCACACACGACAACCGCACCUCCACGACAAUUGUGAGCAGCCACGCCCGCUGCUGCGAACAUACGGCGAACCGCUAGGCGCAGCCAAGUCAGCUCACCACAAACAUAUCUCUCUCUGUGGACAGACCCCAACGAGACACCCACCGCUUUGCUGCCAGGUCCAGGCUCCAGACCGCCUGGCCCUAACACCCUCAAAAGCAACCCUUCGCCAUGACAGACUCCCUCCACAAUGCGCCGAUAGUGCUCGACAACGGGUCGGGGACGAUCCGCGCAGGCUUUGCGGGCGACGACUUGCCAAAAUGUUACUUCCCGUCGUUUGUCGGCCGGCCCAAGCAUCUCCGCGUGCUUGCGGGCGCACUCGAAGGGGAGGUCUUUAUUGGCCAGAAGGCGGCCUCCGAGCUCAGGGGCUUGCUCAAGAUCCGAUACCCGCUCGAGCAUGGCAUCGUCACGGACUGGGACGACAUGGAGAAGAUCUGGGAAUAUGUGUACAGCGAAGGACUCAAGACGAUGAGCGAGGAGCACCCGGUCUUGUUAACAGAGCCGCCGCUCAACCCAAGAUCACACCGAGAUACUGCUGCACAGAUCCUCUUUGAGACAUUCAACGUGCCCGCUCUCUACACAUCGAUUCAAGCAGUCCUCUCUUUAUACGCCAGUGGCCGUACCACUGGAUGUGUGCUAGACUCGGGAGAUGGUGUGUCGCACGCCGUUCCGGUAUACGAAGGCUUCGCCAUCCCCUCGUCCAUCCGGCGUAUCGACGUUGCGGGUCGCGACGUGACUGAGCACCUUCAGACACUGCUGCGGAAGAGCGGCUACAUUUUCCACACCUCCGCCGAGAAGGAGGUCGUCCGGCUCAUCAAGGAGUCCGUAUCAUAUGUGGCGCUCAACCCCAAGCAGGAGGAGAAAGACUGGGCCAGCAGCAAGCUCGAGCAGGGCAAGUCUGCCGAGUAUACGUUACCUGACGGCAACAAGCUACGCAUCGGCCAGGAGCGGUUCCGCGCGCCAGAGAUCCUGUUCGACCCCGAGAUCAUUGGCCUCGAGUACCCCGGCAUCCAACAGAUUGUGACCGAUUCGAUCAACAGGACCGAUCUGGACCUGCGCAAGGCUCUGUAUGCCAACAUUGUGCUAUCGGGUGGCAGCACGCUCACCAAGGGCUUUGGUGACCGCCUGCUGAGCGAAGUCAAGCGGCUGGCGGUGAAGGACAUGCGCAUCAAGAUCUUUGCGCCGCCGGAGAGGAAGUACUCGACUUGGAUAGGAGGCAGUAUCCUUGCUGGCCUUAGCACGUUCAGAAAGAUGUGGGUCAGCAUCGACGACUGGCACGAGAACCCGGACAUUAUUCACACCAAAUUGACGUGAGCGGUUGUGCGUGUGCAACCCGGAUACUUCUAGUUCAACUUGUGCAUAUAUCAUUGAUCGUUGGGGAGCGGAGGGGGAAGGUGUGUCACGUCAGCCGAGAAGGUGAACGAGGUGAGGAUGCUGGGAGUGUAGAGGGGAAGGGCGAAGAAAAAAGACACACAAAAAGAAAUGCUUCUAGAGUGGAACGAGUUAUCUAGAUUAAUGAUACCCAGGAGUUGCCAGCGUUUUGUUCUGCCUCUGACUGCAAUCCUGGCACGCGUUGCGCGUCCC